AUGCAAGCUGCUCCUUGGUCCAGUCUCUUUCAGCGCUCACCAUUGACAGGUAAAGGGGUCUCUCUCCAGUUUGUAGCACCUGUUGUUAAAGAUGGAAAGAAAGUUGCCCAGUUGCAAAAAUUUGAAGUUGAUGCCAUGACUAGAAAAUGGAUUAGUGCUCUUGUGCUGUAUGUGGUGGGGGAUACACCAACUAUUGCUUCUAUUAAACGAUAUAUUACUGCUAAUUGGACACAUGUUGGGACUCCAAAUGUUUUCUUACAUGAUGAUGGUUACUUCAUUAUUCAGUUUGAUUCUGUUGAUGAUAGGAACACAAUUAUGAGUGGGGGUCCUUACACUUUCUUUAAUAAGCCUAUGAUUAUUAAACCAUGGUCAUCUGAGUUUAAUUUCUAUGAAGAAGUCUUAAGGGUCAUUCCUCUCUGGGUCAGAUUGCCUAAUUUGCCACUGAAUUGCUGGAGUAGUGAUUCAUUAAGCAGAAUAGCUAGCUUGCUAGGUGUUCCAGUCUGUGCUGAUGAUUGUACCUCUAGGCAACAGAGAGUAUCAUUUGCUAGAAUCUUGGUGGAAAUGGAUGUGACUGCUGUCCUUCCUGAUCACAUAUGGAUUGAAGAUAUUAAUGGCACAACAUUCAAACAGCAGAAUGUUAAUAAGGCUCCACAGGUGAAGAAAGUUUGGGUCCCUAAGAAAACUCAGGUGGUGGUUCCUCCACCUAUUGUCACUCCUUCUGCUACACCUCUGAACCAAACUGUGCCUUUGAACCAGUCUGGAGCUGAUGCUGGAUGGAGAGUGGCAACUAAAGGGGCUAGAAGUAGAGGAGUUCCCACCAGUAACACCUUCUUCCCUUUAGUUGAAGAUGAUUCUGAUGGGGAGUCAGUGGAGGAUGAUGUGGAGUUGCAGGAAGGAGAGGGGGAUAUUGUUCUCCCUAAUGAUCUCACAUGA